AUGUUCUCUGCCAUGCUGACGGACGUAUACAGCGAUGAUCUCUCUGGGGUAUGCAUCGCCUACGGAACCGAAAGGUAUAUUCUCAACAGCAUGCGCAUGCAAGCACCCAUCCCAGCUAUCUGCAACCGCGAUGUAUGAUCUGCUCUUCGCCGAUGACUGCGCUAACAACAACCCGACCGAGGUGGAUUUACAACGCAGCAUGGACCUCCUCGCCGCCUGGUGCGCCAACUUCGGCCUGACUAUCAACAAGGAAUAACGGCGGUCAUGCACCAACCGUCACCCAACACGCAAUACUGCACUCUUCCUCGAACCACUAUUUACGGCCACCAAUUCAGAACCGUUGACAUCUUUCCUUACCUCGGAAGCACACUUUCGAACAGCACCGGAAUAGAAAAUGAGGUUAUCCACCGGAUCUCCAAAGCCGGCCAACCCUUUGGCCGACUUCAGAACUCCGUGUGCAAUCCGCAGGGCCCCCAACUGAAUACAAGACUGAAGUUGUACAAGGACGUCGUCCCUGCGACUCUCCCUUCUCUUCUCCAGGCCGGGCUGUUCUGGGUGAGUUACUCUUGGGUCCAAGGGUUGAUAUGCAGUCGCUUCAGAGAAAUCUUCAAAGUACCCUUGCACCUCGGUCGGCGAGCACCCGUCGCGACAUCUUUGAUUGGCGAGCGCCGUCCAUUCUCACUAGAUGGCCGCUCCGUCGCAUUUGCAGUUGCCCCAACAUGUUCUGAAUGUUGUAGAUUCCGGUCCGUUCAAGGACGUCUGUGUCGGGAUCCCGUCUUGUCAUCACAGCGACCAGCUCCGCCAACACCACGACGUUCCACACUCCUCCCCGACGAUGGGGCGACGUCUGACGCCCCAUCACCUGUUACCAUCACCACCAGCACUCCCAACUCCAGCGAUGUAGACUCCGUUCAGCCCCGUCCUCAUUGCGAUCGCGAAUCCACUUCACACAUUGACUUGGUCGGUCACUUGCAAAUCCGUCGCUCGGAGGCUGGCGAACCAGUGCCUGGAGCACCCACAUACCCUCGCCGCAUCUGCCUCAAUUGUCCUCACUACAGUCGCGCAUUCAGUCAAAUCAUGGACCUAUCCGAUCAUAUGCGUAUCCACGAAAACCUGCGGUAG